AAUAUACCACCAGUGGACAGAGGCUCUUCAUUCUUCCACUGGACAACACCACAACUGGUGUCCCGAAGGCUAGCAACAUGGCUCUUUCUCUUCUGCCCACAGUCGCAGGGUUUGUUUUGCUAUUCACCCUAACCUCGGCGCAAUCGAGGGGAGACAAUGUUGAGGUCUGCACACAAGUUGAUGCAUUUGGCAAGUACUGCCCAACCACUUGUGGCAUAGCCGACUACCUGAACAGGUACAAGCCGGCGAUGGACAAGGACCUGAAUGAUAUGGAGGAGAUCCUGGACAGGAUAGCCAACAAAACGACUGGGGCUGCAGAGAAAGUCACCUACAUGAGGGACUCAGCAGCUCAGCAAACGAAGUCCGGUUCAGACACCUACUACAAAAAGUCAUCAGACAUGCUGAAUGAAGUCGUGCGCUUCGAGAAGAGCAUUGUCGAACAGGAGUCCCAAAUAUAUAACCUCCAGGCAGUACUGGAGUCCAACGAGAAAAGGAUGCUGGAUCUAAGACAGCUGUCUAUUCAGCUGGAGCAGAAAUGUCAAGAGCCCUGCAAGGACACGGUGGAAAUCAAAACCAUUACAGGAAAAGACUGUCAGGAAGUUGCUAAUAAGGGCGCCAAGACCAGCGGUCUGUACUAUGUGAAGCCGGCGAAGGCGACCCAGCAGUUCCUGGUUUACUGCGAGAUUGACAGCUUCGGACGCGGCUUCACCGUCCUUCAGAGGAGGCGCGACGGCAGCGUGGACUUCAACAAGGACUGGGUGCAAUACAAGCAGGGCUUCGGCUAUCUUUCCCCGAGCGACACCACUGAGUAUUGGCUGGGUAACGAGAAAAUGCACUUGCUCUCCACCCAGUCGACCAUCCCUUACGUGCUGAGGAUAGAGCUCACCGACUGGGAUGGCAACAAGAAGUAUGCCGACUACGCCAUGUUCAAAGUGGGGCCUGAGGCCGACAUGUACCGCUUGACCUACGCCUACUACUUCGGCGGUGACGCGGGUGACGCAUUCGGCGGCUUUGACUUCGGCGAUGACCCGAGCGACAAGAGCUUCACCUCCCACAACGGCAUGCAGUUCAGUACCUCCGACAAAGACAACGACAAGUUCAAGGGCAACUGUGCCAAGCAGGACGGCUCUGGCUGGUGGAUGAACCGAUGCCACGCCGCCCACCUCAAUGGAAAGUACUACCGAGGUGGAAAGUACACAGCGAAGGACGCCGGCGAAUCCGGCUUUGACAACGGCAUCAUCUGGGCCACGUGGCACAGCCGGUGGUACUCCAUGAAGGAGACCACCAUGAAGAUGAUCCCCACCAACAGAGUCACAGAUGGGGAUGGUCAGCAGACUGGUGGGGUCAAACAGUUUGGAGGCCUGGGAGAUAACUAAAGCACACCUACAGAACGUCCUGUACUUCCAGCAUGUUGAAAUCUCUUCCGGACACAGAUUAAGCCAAGUUCUAGACUUGGAAGCACAUCGAGAAAUUGUGCAACGCAUGAUUGCAGGACUGAACCCUAAUCUGUAUCUGGGAGACUGGCCUUUUGUCUUCCCGAGAGUUUUGUUUUCUCAAGCAAUUUCUUUCUUUGUCCUUUUGCUUAAAAUGUUGUCUAAUCGAAUUGAGUUAGCUGAAGCUUGGAAGAUGGAACUCUUUAGCACCUUCUUGUUAGAAAAACUUGAUAUACUGUCCCUGGGGUUUUUGUUAGAUGGGGUUGGUUUGACCAAUUAAUAAAUGUUAUAUUUUUAAUUGUAA